GGAGUCCACACACGUGUAACAUCGCACACACACACGCACACGCUGCUUUCUCCCUGUUUGCAUCGUAAACCUGCUGGUUUGAUGCAGCAGUCUGGAACACCACUGGGCACAUGCACGAUCAGAACAUACAAGAAUCUACACGGCAACCCUAGUCACACAGAAAGAUUUCGAAAAGCACGUUUGGAAAGGGCGUAUAAUGGCAGUGAUCAGGCGAUCCCCAUUAACCCUACACUGUCCAGCUUCACACGUUUGACCCAAGCGAAUGUGCAGAAGGCACAGGCACUCGGGUAUGAUACUAUGAUCAAAGGCGGUGUGCUGAGGAUAGGGAAAGCGCCUACUAUACCCAUGCCAGUCAAGCAGGCUAAACGCAAACCCAGAUUAAAGGGUGGGUAUGGUUUGGGUGGAAUUAGCAAAGAUAGCCUUGGAUCCGAUGCAUCUAUGGCAGCAGAUAUGAAUACACAGCCAGCGAGAGAUGGGACGCUGGUGAGCUUUUAUGAGGCUGAGAAGCACAUUAAUACACUCUCGAAUAUGAACAAGCACGCACAGGUCAUAAACAUAUUCGAGCAGGUAGAAGCUCUAGCUUCGCAACCAGGAAGUACCCUCAGGCCUACACUAGACACAAUAAAUUAUGUGCUGCAUGCAUACAGUGCAAGGUGGUUGGGACCUCGUGCCGUGUCUCUAAUGAACGCAAUGGAGAGUGUUUAUGGGGUUACACCAGACGUGACAUCGUACAGGCACGUGAUUGCGGCGUGCAGUGCAGAGGGGGGGAGUGCCUUUCAGGCCAUGUACUUCUACAAGGCUAUGCUGAAGGCUGGGUAUAGUGCAUCGGAAUUGGAUCUAGAUUCGGGUCUGGCUGUGUUGGGUGUGUGUUCGGAGGCAGGGUUUAGCACACUGGCGGUAGACAUACUGGAAGUGGUGAAGACCAAAACAAGUGACACGUUUAAACUCGGGGAGGCAUUUGGUAACACUGUAUCGGCGUGUGCGGUGCACGGCGACCGGCCGCGGGAUGUGAUUUAUCUGUAUGAAGAGAUGUUGGAACGUGGCUAUAGUGUACAGGAUGCCAACCUGAUCGAUGCCAUGAUUGCAUAUGCCGACUUAGGGUUUGCCGACAAGACUCUGCAGUUGUACGGGCUUGUAAGUGACAAGGGCAAGAACACGACCGAUGCAGUGUGGUGUGCGGCUAUUAAAGCGUGCCAUGAUCUGAACUGGUACGAGAAAGCUCUGGGGUUCCAAGUCAAGAUGUUCCGCAAGAGUGUAACACCCAGUGCGCUCACGCUGAAGUACACUAUAAGUGUGCUGCAUAAGGCCCACAGAUGGGAGAACAUGCUGUAUGUUGCGGAGUUGGGGGGUGUGUGCUGGAACUCUAUAAACAGGGGAAUGCUCUUACUUGGAUUCGACCGAAUUGAUCCUGAGACAGCCAACCACCUGGUGAGUGCGUUUAUGCACACCGGACAUUUAGAUGCCGGCGAGAAUGCCGUUUCACACAUGAAGUCGCUUAAGAUACCUUUGCUGGAUGAUACCAAAACACACAUUCUCACAGCCCUCACCACCCUGAAGGCUUACAAACGCGUACUGCGCCUGCACGGCGAGUGGGAUUCCACGCGUAUGACGUAUACGCCAGGCAUGAUGGGUGCUGUGGUACAAUCGGCAGUGCGACUGAACGAAUAUGAACAAUCGAAGCUGUUUGUGCAGAGAGCGGAUGAGUACGGUAUAGCCCUACCGGACGACGUGCUCGCGGAGUAUAUAGAGACGACUACAUUUAGGAAGGAUCCGCUGGAGACGUUCCGAAUCUUCGACAAACUAUACAGACGUGAUCUACCAUUUCUGAAUCUGGGUACGGUGAUGCACGCACUGCGGGCGGCAAUCAAGCAGGUACAAGCUGCCCAGGAGAAGGGAGGUAAGUUCCGUGAUGAUUUGAAGUUUAAGGGAUCAAGGCCGUCUCUAGCCCGUAGUGCCCGGAAAUCGAAGAGUGUAGACGACAGGUCAGCUGUCGAAGGAGAUUUAGUUGCUGAGUUUGUUAUGGCUGCUGAGAAGGCCAUUGCUGCCGAGAAGUUGGCAAAAAAAGGGUAUGUUUCAAAUAUACCACCGAAGAUUACGUUGCCCGCCCCCCAGGUGUCUACAGAGCCACUCCCACUAGUACAAAGGUCGAGCAAAGCGUCAUCUACACACACGGAAGCCCUGUGCGGUGAAACAGACGGGGAUGUUGCAAAUCAUGUAGACAACACCUCUACCGAACCCAAAUUGGACAUCGAUCUGUAUGUGGACAAAUUGAAUAAGAUCGCUGAACGGGCUCUAGGUGUGUAUAGCGAGUUCGUGCGGGCGGAUGUGUGGGAUGCCAAGAACAAUGUGUUGGACGCACGGAAGUUAACCAAGCAUGAAACCAAGGCUGCAGUGUUGGUGAUAGUCAACACGGCUGCUAAGUCUGUGAAUGGAUCGAAUAAUGGAGACGAGCAUGGGCUGUGCCUGGCGGAUUCGACCAAAGAUCUAAGAGUGCAGGUGGGCUAUCCGUAUAAGUAUUUGGGUGCGGACCAGACAUUGCUAGUAAAUACUAGCGUGGGUGGCUUUCGCUAUGCGACUAGAGACCUUAGGUUAGAGAGCGAAAAUGAGCAGUCGGCGCUGGUCAUAAAAGCUGAUAGGCUGUCUAAGUGGUGUCGACAGAAUCCGUGGCCAACAUUCAGUAGGCAAUGGAGUAGCUCUUUCGACUCAGAAGGGAAAGGUAUUAAUAUUAAUUUGAAGGAAUAUGCAGGCAAAGGACUUGCAGUUAAUCUGGACGGCCCCGGAGAGGUGGGAUGGGGCGAGAGAAAGGUGCGUGUAGGUAGUAGAGACGUGUUGGUCCCUUCGUAUGGGAAGUACGGGGUUUGAAAUAGGUAGAUGAUAAACAUAUGUGGCUGACUUUUGACAAAAGAGAAG